GGUAGUGUACAAUCUUAUAUACUAUAGCUUAAAACAUAGGUGUGUCAAUAAUAAUUGUCAAUGUAAUGAAAAUAUGAAAACUAUCGCCCUUACUUAUUCGAGUUGUAUUUUUCGUGACAUUAUUCGUUUCCGCUGAAUCUGAGUUGGAACCAAAGCUAAAAAACGAAAACUUAAAGGUACUGGCCACAUAGGACUUAAGUUUACAUUUCACUGCUGCCACAACAGUUUCUUAAGUGACGCGCUGAAGUUCGGAGUCCCAGUUGGCAUAAUUCUCAAAAAUGAAGAAGAAAAGCAGCAAAUCUACCGAAGUUCUCCUGGGUAAUUGUGAAAAUGUACACAUUGACGAUUCAGGCACAAUAUUACCCAGCGAGAUCUCCGCAGCCACAAAUCUCCUUGACAACAAUAACACAAUCGCCAUAAAAACGCAAAGUCAAGACACAAGGCUCGACAUUGAACUUCCGCCUUCAGGUGGGAGAGCAAAUAAAACACUCGCUGAUAUAGCAAAUGCACCAUCGAUUUUCCGCCACCCACCGCCGCCUUGGUAUCGCAACUGGACAACCGCUGGCAUCGUGCUUUGUGUAAUCUACAAUUUGACCAUAGUAUUACUCCUAGUUAUGGGUUUCUUCAAAUUCCGCCAAAGCUGAAGCGUAUUAAAUUGUCUAAUU